AUGACAAUUCAUUUCAUUCCUCUGCUCAUCAUUCAUUCUUUUUACCUCCGGUAUGACAAUUCAUUUCAUUCCUCUGCUCAUCAUUCAUUCUUUUACCUCCGGUAUGACAAUUCAUUUCAUUCCUCUACUCAUCAUUCAUUCUUUUACCUCCGGUAUGACAAUUCAUUUCAUUCCUCUGCUCAUCAUUCAUUCUUUUUUUACCUCCGGUAUGACAAUUCAUUUCAUUCCUAUGCUCAUCAUUCAUUCUUUUACCUCCGGUAUGACAAUUCAUUUCAUUCCUCUACUCAUCAUUCAUUCUUUACCUCCGGUAUGACAAUUCAUUUCAUUCCUCUACUCAUCAUUCAUUCUUUUUACCUCCGGUAUGACAAUUCAUUUCAUUCCUCUACUCAUCAUUCAUUCAUUUUUACCUCCGGUAUGAUGACAAUUCAUUUCAUUCCUCUGCUCAUCAUUCAUUCUUUUACCUCCGGUAUGACAAUUCAUUUCAUUCCUCUACUCAUCAUUCAUUCUUUUACCUCCAGUAUGACAAUUCAUUUUCAUUCCUCUGCUCAUCAUUCAUUCAUUCUUUUACCUCCGGUAUGA